AUGAAGAGAGAUCUGGCUUUUCUGGGCACUCUAAUUAGCCUCGCCUUCCUGUCGCUGCUAAGAUCUGCUUAUCCUCAACAGACAGCUGAAGAGACCUGCUCCAUGCAGAUUCUUGUCCCAGGCCUUAAAGGGGAUGCUGGAGAAAAGGGAGAAAAAGGCGCACCAGGACGACCGGGAAGAGUUGGUCCUACGGGAGAAAAAGGAGACAUGGGUGACAAAGGACAGAAAGGCAGUGUGGGUCGCCAUGGAAAAAUUGGACCGGUUGGUUCUAAAGGUGAAAAAGGUGAUUCUGGUGAUAUAGGAUCCCCUGGUCCUAAUGGAGAACCAGGCAUACCAUGUGAAUGCAGCCAGCUAAGGAAGGCCAUUGGGGAGAUGGAUAACCUGGUCACUCAAUUGACAAAUGAGUUAAAAUUCAUAAAAAAUGCUGUCGCUGGUGUGCAAGAGUCAGCUAAUAGGAUCUAUCUGCUGGUGAAGGAAGAGAAAAGGUAUGUGGAUGCCCAGCAGUCCUGCCAAGGGCGAGGAGGGAUGCUGAGCAUGCCCAAAGAUGAGACCUCCAACGGCCUGAUUGCCUCUUACAUCACUCAAGCAGGCCUCACUCGAAUUUUCAUUGGGAUCAAUGACCUCGAAAAAGAGGGCACUUUUGUUUAUUCAGACCGGUCCCCCAUGCAGACCUUCAGCAAGUGGCGGAAUGGUGAGCCUAACAAUGCCUACGACGAGGAGGACUGUGUAGAAAUGGUGGCCUCUGGGGGCUGGAAUGACGUGGCUUGCCACAUCACCAUGUAUUUCAUAUGUGAAUUUGACAAGGAAAAUGUGUGA